AUGCCCUCACACCUCUCUCCCUGUUCCAAUCCCUUCCCUUUCCCCCCCCUUCUUUUCACCAUUGUCGCUCUUCAGGUGGGCAACGGUCACGUCUCUCUCGCACGCCCUCUCCCCCUCUGCGCCUACUGGGACCUCUUCAACCUCUCCCAGGCCGCCAGGCCUAUGGUUGAAAACCUCACAUUCACGUACUGGCCCAAGAACGACACCCCCACUGCUUCCCAAGCCUCUGGAUCUCCUGGGGAGCUGCCGAACCCGCCCCAAGUGGCUUGGAUGUCCCCGGACCUCUUCCUGCUGCUCGCCCGCGCUGCUGCUGCUGCCUCUCCCCCAACCAGCGGCUCUGAUACCAGUGGCUCGGAUUCCACUUCAGAUGUUUCGGGCGUUGAUGGGCUGAGAAGCCCUGCGGUGGGCUUUGUGUGGGUGCAGUCGCGGCACGCCCAGCAAGCCCCCUUUCUCCAUGAACCCGUGACAUCCAUCAUGGGUCAUCUACUGCCAUACGCCAUGGGCCACGUGCCUCUCCCCUCCAACACGCUCGACCUGCACCUCCCAGUGCGAGGCGACGCCGUGCAAGUGCUCAUGCACGCCUGGCAAGACAAGGAUGUGGUGGUGUGGUUGAAGACAGCAGCAGGCAUGAUCGAGUUCGAUCCUCCCACAGGCAGCCUCGCUUUGGAAUCUCUGCCCUACAGCAGGCAGCUGCAUGUACUCGCUACAAGCCUGCUCGGUACUCUUAAUAAGACUGUGAUGGCCGUGCGUUUGCAUCCCGACGUGAUCGCCUGGAGAGUGAAGAGAGAAGCAGAGCAGCAAAGAGCAAACGCUUCAGCAGGGCAGCAGGAAGGCACGGACCAGCCAGGGUCGGAGCAGCAAGGCUCGGAGCAGCCAGGCUCGGAGCAGUCAGGCUCGGAACAGCCAGGCUCUGAGCAGCCAGGCUCGGAACAGCCGCCAGGCUCAGAGGAUCAGCAACAGCAUCUGCAGCGGCAGUUCCAGCAGCAGGUGCAGUGGUGUGUGAAUGCGUCCGUUGCUAAAGCAAGUGUGGUUCAGCAGUGGGUGUCAGUUCGAACCGUGUUUGUUGCUGCUGAUGUGCUGAGGAGACGCAGCGAGGUCAAGGAGCUGACGUGGAUGCGAGAGCAAAUCAACAACACCGUCACGAUCGACGAGCUCUUGCCAGCUGUCGCAAGAUUUGACCCUGGUGUUGUGGCGAUCCUUGACAGGCUUGUGUGCUCUUACGCUGAUGUCAUCUUAGCAGCAUCGGCAAGAUGCGGGGGUGCUACGGCAGAUGAUAUGGACAUUUUCAACCACAGGUUGUGGCUCGAUAAACCAAACAAGUCGCUUGUCAUGUGGGGUUAUGGCAUGCCUAAGUUUGGCUAA